CUUAAUACAUUCAGGAUUCAUUCAUAUUCUUGUCUUACCAUCUUACUCAACCUCCCCUCCUUCUCCUUCCUCUUCUUUCUUCUUUCUUUCACUUUCUCUCUCUUGCUCUGCAUCUCAGAUUCCUUCCUCUAACUCCAAGGGAUAUAUUGUAAUCACAGAAUUGAAAAUUAGGGGGAAUUUCUGAGCGUUUUGUUCUGGUAAAGCCUGAUCGUUCGUUACUUCCACAGGUAAACGCUGAGAUGGCAGGCUACAACAGAGACGAGUUUUUUGCUUCACAGGACCCUGAGGAAACGUCCACGGGAAACAAGUACGGUGGUCUUACUCCCAAGAAGAAGCCUUUAAUUUCCAAAGAUCACGAACGAGCAUUUUUUGACUCGGCAGACUGGGCAUUAUGCAAGCAAGGCGCUGGAGUGAAUAAAAAAUCCACAGCAGCCAUAGAGACGUUACGACCGAAACUACAGAGGACACCUCACCAGCAGCUUCCUCCGAGAAGACCAGCCUGUACCUCUGGACCAGGGGGAGUAGAGGAGACCUGAGAAGAAGUCAAGAGGAGCUGGUGAAUGCGGUUGAUGACGUGGCUAAUCUCUGUGUUUUUGUGGAUGAAAUCAUGUGCGUACAUUUCCCAUUGGGGCUUCCAUGCUUUCAAUAAUCUUACUAGUUUCGACGAA